UAUGUAGUAAUUCCCACUCAAAGAAGAACAAAAAUGCCUCACGAUGACCCCCGAGUGGAGUGGAUUAAAAACUCAGUAGGUGUGAUGUUUGACUUGCCUGAUUCAGGCUGCUUUGAGGAGUUACUCAGUCGCGGUGAUGGAGAGGAAGAGCAGAAAAUCAUACACUUUUUAAAUGUAGUCACAGGGGAAGAGGCGCCCUCAGCCCUGUUUUUCUUCAAGAAUAUACGAGAAGAAGAGGUUGAAGUGGAAAUUCCCGUUGAAAAUGUCUUGGAGAGAAGUCCGUCUGUUUUGUCUGAAGGUUCCCUCAUCUCAAACAGAGAGAUAACCUCUGCUGACAAGAACAGAAAUGAUCAAAACAGACAAAUCCAGGACUCCUCAAACAUAGAAGACUCUCAGAGUCAGGAUCCUGCAGUUGAGGGUCUGUCCGAGGCAACAAAAGGAAAUAGACCACCUCCCAAUAUUGAGGUUCAGGUUGUGUACCACGUGGAGCUUCAUGUGGACGUGAACAAUAUCCCACAGAGGUUUGAAAAAUACAAUGUCCUCUACUUCCUGAGAAACACCAGUGAAACUAUCACUGAACCUGCAGAUAUAAAUGAGGCUAAUAAUUUGAUGCCCAAACUUAUUGAGUUUGGCAUGAUGAAUGACCAUCCCUUGAUGAUGCUUGGAGGGCUUUUCAACCAUGUGUACAUCCCUCUUCUCUCCGUGUAUCAGCUGAGGCUCACUGAUGGUGGCUAUCACGGUGUUGCUGGCUCUCAAGAGAGUGACGCAGUGUGUGAGACAACAGGAGAUGAGAAACAGCAGCCUGCAGAAUCCCGUGGGGCUUUUGAAGUUCGAGAUGAUCUGCUCCACAGCACACAUAAAUUCUUGCAAGUCAUAAACCAAACCCUACAGCAGCUUGAAGGUGAAUUUAAAUUGCACAUUCCAGACAUGGAUUUGGAGGGUGGAGUGGAGAUGCUCUUGUCUAAUCCAGGAAUGGUGGAGAAACUAGAGCAGUGUGUGAUGAAUUGGCACACACAAAUCACAAUUGUCAUUGAAGAACAGAAAAGAAAGAAACCACAGGGACCCGGUCCUUUGGCAGAAAUUGAGUUCUGGCGUGAACGUGUUGCUGUCUUCAGUAGUUUGAGUGAGCAGCUGAACCUGCAAGUGGUGAAGAAGAUUCUGGACGUGAUGACCCGUGCCGACUCAUUCAUAAUGCAGGAACUGGAAAAGACCACGGCUGAGCUUAGCAAAUACCAUGAGGAGUCUGUCAAUAAUGUACAAUUCCUCACCACAAUGGAGAGACACUUCAGGAACCUUGUCACAGGACUGGAUUUCAAAGUGGUCUUGGACACUAUUCCUGAACUGAUGAAUGGGCUGCGUAUGAUCUGGAUAUUAUCCAGGCAUUACAACACAGAUGAGCGUUUGGAAUCUCUGAUGGAACGCAUUGCCUGGGAACUGUCUGAACGGGUUGCACGAGUCGUGAAUGUCCGUGUUCUGUUUAAAGACAAGAGGGUGGUGGCCAAAGCCAAGGCUCAGGAUGGAAAGCAAGUCCUGGAUCAGUGGAAGGCCAGUUAUUUUGAGGUCCGUGCACGGAUUGAGAAAUCAGACCGAGAUCCCCGCUGGGAAUUUGAUCGCAAAAAGCUGUUUGAAAAAACAGACUACAUGGCUUCAAUCUGUCAAGACUUGUAUAAUAUCUUGCAGACUCUGGAUGAGUUCUACAUUAUUUUUGGACCGGAGUUAAAAGCAGUGACGGGUGAUCCAAAGCGAAUAGAUGAGGUUUUACACCGCGUAAACUGCCUCGUCGAACCCAUUGAGGACGUUUCCUUUGACCCUUUUGACAUCCGCAAAAUGAGCAAUUGGAAAAUGGCCAUGCAAGAAUUUAGGACGGAAGUUCAGGCAAUUGAAAGAGAGGCCAUCCAUUUCAUCAAUUACUCCUUCAAGACGCUGCGUUCCUCAUCGGCAGCCUUUGACCUGCUGCUGAAAUUUAAACACAUCCGCUCCAGAGAUGCCAUCAACAAUCAGUUGAUGAAGAAGUUUAACGAUAUUCUUGCUCAGUACUGCAAAGAGAUGGACCUUCUAAAUGACCUGUUCAUGAAGCUCAAAGAUAACCCACCUCUCAAUAAGAAUAAUCCUCCUGUGGCAGGAGCCAUUAUUUGGGAGCGUUUCCUGCUAGACCGCAUGAGAUACCCCAUUAGACGUUUCAAGGAGGCACGUGAAAUGAUGGACAGUGAAGAGGGCAAAGCAGUGGUAUCCAAAUUCUUAGAGGUGGCUAUGCGUAUGAGGGACUAUGAAUUGGAGCUGUUUAACCAGUGGAAAAUAGAGACUAAUCAGACUCUCUCCCUCCUGAUGAAGAGAAGUGUGCUGAUCAUGGUCAACAGUCCUGGGGCUGUCUGUGUAGACUCCACACAGCUCAGUACAGCUGCUCAGGGGUCAGAGAAGGCAUUGGAAAAGGAUGUGUGCUACUCUGUCAAUUUUGCUCCUGAACUGCAGGAGAUCAUAUCUGAGACCAAGUAUCUGGAUCACUUGGGCAUCUUAACACCAAGUGAGGCACAAAAUGUCGCUCUGCAGGAAGACAAGUUUCUGAGGCACAUAAAAGGACUGAAGAAGUUAGUAAACCGUUACCAUUCUCUGAUGGACAACCUAAAUGAUGCUGAGUUCUCACUAAUGGCUGAUCAGGUGCAGGAACUGAGGCGAGAGCUAAGCUUUGGGUGCAGAAGAGUCAACUGGAAUUUUCUAGGUAUACCACAAUUCAUCCAACGUGGAAACCAGGCAGCUUCCAAAUUUGAGUCCCUUGUGAACCAAAUUCAGAAGAAUGAACGAGACAUUGACGAUAAACUUAAAUCCAUUGAAUCUGCAAACCUUUUCAAAUUCCCAGUGGCAGAUAAAAACGGAUACCUACCAGGAAUUAAGGACUUCUGUGACUUCAUUGAGUGUGAGAGGGCAAAGGCAAUGAACCUUCUUGUGAAUAAGUAUGCAGCUAUCAGUCCACUCCUCACCAAGAUAGAGAGUCUGAUUAUGGGGACCAGCACUGGCAAAUCCAAACGCAUGGCUCAAUUCUACGCUUAUUGGGAACGCAAGAUCUUUGAUUCACUUAGCAAGAUGGUGCUUCACAAUAUUCAAGCUUUUAACACCGCACUGAUGGGCACUACUCCACUCUUCCAAAUCGACACCAUCCUAGCUGCACCUGAGAUUUCUCUGCUUCCCAAGAGCAGUGAGGUGUACAAGCUUAUUAGACAGUGUGUUGGUGACUGUGUGGAGAGCACCAGGCUGUUUGUUCGCUGGAUGCAUGGCAGUUGUGUCCAAUGCCCUCCACAGAAUGUGGAUGGUGAAGACAAACCAUUCGUCUUCACUUUUUACAGUGAAGUAUGCCAGCUUCCACAAAUAAAUGAGCAAGCCACAGCAGUCUCCCAAACAAUGCAGCGUCUGCUUAAUGGAAUCAGUGCCUACCUCAAAACCUGGAUGAGCUAUCGCUCUCUCUGGAAACUUGACAAGGCUAUUGUUAUGGAGAAGUUUGCAGCCAAGAGGCCCUCAUGUGUGAUGUAUGAUGAGAAGUUUCAGUUUUAUGUCAGGGUCAGCAAUGAGGUGGCAAAGCAGCCUUUGGUGAAGCAUGAACACAUAAUCAGACUGAAUCUGGAGCCACUGGCCCGUGCCGUCCAGGAGAACGCUCAAGCAUGGAUCACUUCUCUGGGAAGGCUGCUCAAUGACUCUGCCCGAGAGGAGCUUUUCAACUUGCGCAAUGAGUUGUUGAAAUUGUCAGAUAAUUUGAAGAGGAGCCCAAAUACCUUGGAGGACCUGAAAUUUGUUCUGGGCACAAUUACAGACAUUAGAGAUAUGUCUCUCUCGGUGGAGAUGAGAAUCAGUGAUAUUCAAGAGAGAUACAGGACUCUGAGCAUGUACAACGUGGAGACUACAGAAGAGGAGGUGCAGCUUUCUGCAAACAUCUUCAUUUUGUGGAGUGAACUUUUUAAAGAGUCUAGACGGGUUGACCGCAGCCUGGCAAAAGUGAAAAAGACCUUUGCAGAGAUCACUCUAAACCAUAUUGAGGAGUAUAAACAGGAGCUCUCCAUAUUUGCAGAGAGCUUCAACAUGCAUGGGCCUGGAGCUGUGGGAGAUGAUCUAGAGAAAGGUUUGAAGAUCAUGGCUACCUAUGAGACGGAGCUGGAUAAGGUUGAGGCAAGCCGUCAGAAACUGGCUAAAGCUGAGAAACUGUUCAAUUUGCCCAUCACUAUGUACCCAGAGCUUCUCAAUGUACAAAAGGAGAUGAAGGGCCUGAGACAGAUCUAUGAGAUUUAUAAAAGCCAGAAGGAGGCUAAAGCAGAGUGGUCACAGACCCUUUGGGUGAAUCUGGACAUUAAGCUCUUGCAGGAAGGUAUAGAGGGACUUAUCAAGAGCUUGCGGAAGCUGCCAAAGGAUGUAAGAGCUCUUCCUGUAUCUUUCUUCCUGGAGGGACGCAUGAAGGAAUUUAAAGAGUCAAUCCCUCUUCUCUUGGACCUAAAAAAUGAGGCUCUCAGGGCCAGGCACUGGAAAGAUCUAAUGGAGAGGACAGGCACCAGCUUUGAGAUGAACCCAAAUACCUUCACUCUGGAGAACAUGUUCUCCAUGGAGCUGCACAAAUAUGGCAAUGUCAUCAGUGAAAUCGUCACCUCAGCUGUGAAGGAGCUUGGCAUUGAGAAGGGAGUUAAAGAAGUGGAGGCAACUUGGGAAACUAUGAAAUUUAGUGUGCAGCGGUUUUUAAAAGGCACACAGGAGCAUGGUUUCAUUCUUGGUGCUGUGGACGACAUUCUUCAGCGCCUGGAUGAUGAUGCCAUGAACCUGCAGAGUAUGGCAGGCAGCCACUAUGUUGGUCCCUUCCUGGCCACUGUACAGCAGUGGGAGAAGAAUCUAUCACUCAUCAGUGAGAUCAUUGAGGUAUGGAUGUUAGUACAGCAAAAAUGGAUGUACCUGGAAAGCAUCUUCAUUGGAGGUGACAUUCGCUCUCAGUUACCUGAGGAAGCCAAAAAAUUUGACAAUAUUGACAAAAUGUUCAAAAAAAUAAUGACCGACGCAGUGAAGGACCCUGCCAUUAAGAGAUGCUGUCUGGUUCCUAACCGUCUGGCAGAUCUGCAGAACCUGAGCGAUGGUUUGGAGAGGUGUCAAAAGAGUCUUAAUGAUUAUCUGGAUUCCAAGCGGAACGCUUUCCCACGUUUUUUCUUCAUUUCUGACGAUGAGCUGCUCAGUAUUCUGGGCAGCAGUGAGCCUACUUGUGUGCAGGAGCACAUGAUCAAGAUGUAUGACAACAUAGCAGCAUUGCGUUUUGAUACGGGAAUGAAUGGAGAGAUGGUGGCAAGUGCAAUGGUUUCUGCCGAGGGGGAGGUGAUGGAGCUCAAACAGACUGUACCUGCAGAGGGCCGUGUGGAAGACUGGAUGACUGGAGUGCUGCUGGAGAUGAGGAGAACCAACAGACUCAUCACCAAAGAAGCUAUUUACUUCUACAACCACCGAAAGACUAGGGUGGACUGGAUGCUUGACUACCAGGGAAUGGUGGUGCUGGCGGCAAACCAGGUGUGGUGGACCUGGGAGGUAGAAGACGUCUUCAAAAGGAUGAGUCAAGGAGAAAAGCAGGCAUUGAAACAGUAUGCAAAGAAAAUGCACAAGCAGAUCGAUGACCUGGUGAGGCGCAUCACACAACCCUUAAAGAAGAAUGACAGAAAGAAAAUCAACACUGUGCUCAUUAUUGAUGUCCAUGCUAGGGACAUUGUGGACACUUUUGUCAGGGAUAGUAUCACAGAUGCCCGUGAGUUUGAAUGGGAGAGUCAGUUGAGAUUCUACUGGGUUAAAGAGCCUGAUGAGUUGUUUGUGCGGCAGUGCAGUGCUCAGUUCUCCUACGGCUAUGAGUACAUGGGGCUGAACGGCCGGUUGGUCAUCACUCCCCUAACUGACCGUAUCUAUCUCACACUUACUCAGGCCUUGUCUAUGUUCCUGGGUGGAGCGCCAGCCGGACCUGCGGGUACGGGGAAAACUGAAUCCACUAAAGAUCUGGCUAAAGCUUUGGGGCUUUUGUGUGUGGUCACCAACUGUGGAGAGGGUAUGGACUACAUGGCUGUUGGGAAAAUCCUCUCUGGUUUAGCUCAGUGUGGAGCCUGGGGCUGUUUUGAUGAGUUCAACCGCAUUGACGCCUCAGUGCUGUCAGUCAUCUCCUCCCAGAUCCAAACCAUCCGAAACGCUCUAAUGUUGAACCUCAAGAGAUUUCAUUUUGAAGGACAAGAAAUCAGUCUGGAUAGCCGUAUUGGAAUCUUCAUCACGAUGAACCCUGGUUAUGCUGGCCGCACAGAGCUUCCAGAGUCAGUGAAAGCUUUAUUCAGACCGGUGGUAGUCAUUGUACCGGACCUGCAGCAGAUCUGUGAAAUCAUGCUCUUCUCUGAAGGCUUCCUCAUGGCUAAGGUUUUGGCAAAGAAGAUGACAGUGCUGUACAAACUAGCACGGGAGCAGCUGUCUAAACAGUCACACUAUGACUUUGGGCUUAGAGCGCUGAAGUCAGUGUUAGUAAUGGCUGGGGAGCUAAAGAGAGGUUCACCUGAUCUCAGUGAGGAUGUCGUUUUAAUGAGGGCUCUUCGAGAUAUGAACCUGCCCAAGUUUGUAUUUGAGGACGUUCCUCUGUUUUUGGGCCUUAUCUCAGAUCUGUUCCCUGGGCUCGACUGCCCACGUGUGCGUUACCCCAGCUUUAAUGACGCUGUAGAGGCCGCCUUGCAGGAGAAUAAAUAUCUUGUGUUGCCCAACCAGGUGGACAAAGUGGUGCAAAUGUAUGAGACCAUGAUGACCAGACACACAACCAUGGUGGUUGGACCGACAGGAGGAGGGAAAUCUGUGGUGAUCAACACACUCUGCCAAUCACAGACCAGGUUGGGCCUGCUGACCAAAAUGUACAGCCUGAACCCAAAAGCCAUGAGUGUGAUUGAGCUGUAUGGAAUCCUGGAUCCGGUCACCCGAGAUUGGACUGAUGGGAUUCUAUCUAACAUAUUCCGUGACAUCAAUAAACCCACAGACAAAAAAGAAAGGAGGUAUAUCCUGUUUGAUGGAGAUGUGGACGCUCUGUGGGUGGAGAACAUGAAUUCAGUUAUGGAUGAUAACAAGCUUCUCACACUGGCUAACGGAGAGCGAAUUCGCCUACAGAACCACUGUGCCCUGCUCUUUGAGGUUGGAGAUCUCCAGUAUGCCUCCCCUGCUACUGUUUCUCGUUGUGGAAUGGUGUUUGUGGACCCCAAAAACCUACGCUAUGCUCCCUACUGGGUAAAAUGGGUCAACAGCAGAGCCCUGAAAGAACAGGCAGAUCUCCGCAGACUGUUUGAAAAGUAUGUACCAAGUGCCAUUGAUAUGAUAGUGGAUGGUAUAGUUGAUGGUAAACAGACAGAGAAACUGAAGACUGUGAUCCCACAGACAGAUUUGAACAUGGUGAUGCAGUUGACCGUGAUGCUGGAGUCUCUACUGGAGAAUGAGGACUUUAUUUCUGAGGAGCUGGAGUGUUAUUUUCUAGAGGCGCUCUACUGUUCACUUGGGGCUUGUCUUCUGGACAAAGGCCGACAGAAGUUUGACGAGUUCAUAAAAAAGUUGUCCUCUCUGAGUAGUGUAAAUGAUGAGAAGGUGCUUGCUGGCCCUGGACAGAUUCCAGUUUACUUGCCAACUCUCUAUGAUUUCCAUUUUGAUGGAACACAAAAGAAAUGGGUUACCUGGAGCUCCAUGGUCUCAAAAUACAUUCAUAACGCUGAUAUGAAAUUCAUUGACAUCCUUGUCCCGACAGUGGACACCACUCGUGCUAAUUGGCUGUUGGAACAGAUGGUGAAGGUGAAAAGGCCAGUGGUGCUGGUUGGAGAGUCUGGUACCUCUAAAACUGCCACCAUCCAGAACUUCCUGAGUAAUCUGAAUACAGAUACAACCAUAAUGAUGAGCAUCAAUUUCUCAUCGAGAACAACAUCUAUGGACCUGCAGAGGACUCUGGAGGCAAGUGUUGAAAAAAGAACCAAGGACACGUAUGGUCCCCCGAUGGGCAAAAGGCUCCUUGUGUUUAUGGAUGACCUCAACAUGCCAAGGGUGGAUGAGUAUGGCACUCAGCAGCCAAUAGCUCUUCUAAAGCUGCUGUUGGACAAGGGAGGCAUGUAUGACAGAGGAAAGGAACUUAACUAUAAACUCAUAAAGGACUUGGGCUUCAUUGCAGCCAUGGGAAAGGCUGGGGGUGGUAGGAAUGAAGUGGACCCUCGAUUCAUCUCUCUUUUUAGCGUUUUCAACAUCCCCUUCCCUCAGGAGGAGUCCCUGCAUCUUAUCUACUCUUCUAUUCUUAAAGGACAUACCAAGUCCUUUGAGGAAUGCAUUCAAAACAUCUGUGACAAGAUAACUUUCUGUACUCUGGAGUUGUACAAAACCAUAAUUAAGGACCUUCCGCCAACACCUUCCAAGUUCCACUAUAUCUUUAACCUGCGAGAUCUCUCCAGAGUCUACCAUGGCUUGACGUUGACCAAUCCCGAAAGGUUCUGUACAAUCACCCAGUUUGUCCGUGUAUGGAGAAAUGAGUGCUUAAGAGUCUUCCAUGAUAGACUUAUCAAUGAAACGGACAAAAUUACGGUCCAGGGGCAUAUAAAGAAUCUGAUUGAAGAGCAUUUCAGAUCAGACCUCGAUUCAGCCUUGAGAGACCCCAUUCUGUUUGGAGAUUACAGAACGGCUCUCAAGUCUGAGCCAAGAGUUUAUGAGGAUAUACUGGACUAUGAUGCAUCCAAAGCUCUGUUCCAGGAGAUCCUGGAGGAGUAUAAUGAAAAUAAGACCAGGAUGAACUUGGUGCUUUUUGAUGAUGCUCUGGAACACCUGACCAUCAUUCACCGCAUCAUCAGAAUGGACCGUAGUCAUGCACUGCUGGUUGGCGUUGGUGGUUCAGGAAAACAGUCUCUUACAAAGCUUGCUGCCUUCACUGCAGGAUAUGAGGUGUUUGAAAUUGUGCUUAGUAGAGGAUACUCAGAGACUAACUUCCGUGAGGAUCUAAAAACUCUGUACCUUAAAUUGGGUAUAGAGAAUAAGAAAAUGGUCUUCCUGUUUACUGAUGCCCAUGUGGCUGAGGAAGGUUUUCUGGAGCUUAUCAACAACAUGCUUACAUCAGGGAUGGUUCCAGCACUGUUCCCUGAUGAUGAGAAGGAAUCAGUCCUGAACCAGCUGCGAGAAGAGGCUAUGAAAAAUGGCUCUGGUCCUUCAAAAGAGAGUGUAUGGCAAUACUUUGUCAAUAAGAGUGCCAACAACCUGCACAUAGUGCUGGCCAUGUCACCUGUAGGAGACACUCUCAGAACACGUUGUAGGAAUUUCCCAGGAUUGGUUAAUAAUACAAGCAUUGACUGGUUCUCUGCAUGGCCCCCUCAGGCUCUACACGCUGUAGCCAAGUGCUUCUUAGGUGAGAAUCCAAUGAUCCCAGAGUGUCAUUCAGAGGCAGUAAUAGCUCACGUAUGCAUGGUGCACAGCUCUGUAGGCGAGUAUAGUAAACUGUUCCAGCAGACACUCCGUCGUAGCAACUACGUCACCCCAAAAAACUACCUGGACUUCAUUAGCACCUACUCCAACCUGCUGGAGGAUAAAGAUAAAUACAUACUGGCACAAUAUAAACGUCUUGAAGGAGGUUUGGAUAAGCUGAAGGAGGCAAGCGGGCAGCUAGCAGAGCUCAACAUCAAGCUAGCUGAGCAGAAAGUAGUGCUGGCAGAGAAGACUACAGCCUGUGAGAUCCUUCUAGAAGAGAUCUGCUCUAAUACUGCUGUUGCGGAGGAGAAGAAAGCCCUGGCAGAGGAGAAGGCUAAAGAGAUAGAGGAACAGAAUAAGGUGAUAGUGGUGGAGAAGAAGGAUGCUGAGAGCUCUCUAGCUGAGGCUCUUCCUGCUUUAGAAGCCGCUCGCCUCGCCCUGCAAGACCUGGACAAAUCUGAUGUCACAGAAAUCAGAUCAUUUGCCAAGCCACCCAAACAGGUGCAGGUCGUGUGCGAGUGCAUCCUGGUGAUACGUGGCUAUAAAGAAAUCAACUGGAAGACAGCCAAAGGCAUGAUGUCAGAGGGCAACUUCCUGCGUACGCUUAUGGAAAUGGACUGUGACUCAAUCACUGGCAGUCAAGUAAAGACUGUCAAAGCCUACCUAAGGAACCUCAACACCAGUUUAGAGGAGAUGCAAGCCAUCAGUAAAGCCGGUUCGGGCAUGCUAAGAUUCGUGGAGGCAGUCAUGGGCUACUGUGAUGUGUCCAAAGACAUCAAACCUAAGAGAGAGAAGGUCGCUCGUCUGGAAAGGAAUUUCUUCCAGAGCAAACGUGAGCUGGAGCGAAUCCAGAAUGAGCUCAGUGCCAUCCAGAAAGAGCUUGGAACUCUUGGAGACAAAUAUGAGGCUGCCAUGACAGAAAAGCAACUUCUUCAGGAGGAGGCCGAGGUCAUGGAGAGAAGACUCAUUGCUGCUGACAAACUCAUCUCAGGCCUGGGAUCAGAGAAUAAGCGCUGGACGGAGGACCUGGAGGAGCUGCAACAGAGGCGAGUGCGUCUUCUAGGAGACUGUCUGGUCUGCGCUGCCUUCCUCAGCUACGAGGGAGCAUUUAGCUGGGACUUUCGCAAUGAAAUGGUGUAUGAGGUAUGGCAGGCAGACGUCGUGGAGAGAGGCAUUCCUCUGAGCCAGCCUUUCCGAAUAGAAAACCUGCUUACUGAUGAGGUGGAGAUCAGCAGAUGGGGAUCUGAAGGUCUUCCUCCAGAUGAACUUUCAGUGCAGAAUGGCAUCCUGACCACCAGAUCCAGCCGCUUCCCCUUGUGCAUUGACCCCCAGCAGCAAGCCCUCAACUGGAUCAAAAAGAAGGAAGAGAAAACCAAUCUAAAGAUUUCAUCAUUCAAUGACCCAGACUUCUUGAAGGGGCUGGAGUUAGCCAUUAAGUAUGGUUUCCCCUUCCUUUUCCAAGAUGUGGAUGAAUAUAUUGAUCCAGUUAUUGACAACGUCCUUGAGAAGAAUGUAAAAGGGCCAGAGGGACGUCAGGUUGUCGUACUUGGUGAUAAGGAAGUUGACUAUGAUCCCAACUUUAAACUUUACCUCAAUACCAAACUUGCAAACCCCAAAUUCUCUCCUGCAGUAUUUGGGAAGGCCAUGGUUAUCAAUUACACAGUAACCCUAAAGGGCCUGGAAGACCAGCUGCUGAGUGUUAUUGUAGGAUUUGAGCAGAAGGACAAGGAGGAGCAGAGAGAGCGGCUAAUUCAAGAGACUAGUGAGAACAAGCGUUUGCUGAAAGACCUCGAGGACUCGCUGUUGAGGGAGCUGGCCACCUCCACAGGAAACAUGCUAGAUAACGUAGAGCUCAUACAGACUCUGGAAGAAACCAAGACCAAAGCCACUGAGGUGUUUGAAAAACUGAAGCUGGCAGAAAAGACAGCCAAUGAUAUUGAGACACUGAGAGACGGCUACCGUCCGGCUGCCAAGCGGGGAGCUGUCUUGUUCUUUGUGCUGGCUGAGAUGGCUCUGGUCAACACCAUGUACCAGUAUUCACUUGCUUCCUUUUUAGAGGUGUUUGACCUCUCACUAUCCAAGUCUAUGCCCAACGCAGUCCUGCCCACUAGACUGAAGAACAUCAUGGAGACACUUACACAGAAUGUCUAUAACUAUGGCUGUACUGGUCUGUUUGAAAGACACAAACUUCUUUUCUCCUUCAACAUGACCAUUAAGAUUGAGCAGGGUGAGGGCCGAGCACCCCAGGAUGAGCUAGAGUUCUUCCUUAAAGGUAAUCUCUCUUUGGAAAAAAGCAAACGUAAGAAACUGUGCGACUGGCUGCCUGAUCAAGGCUGGGAGGAUAUAGUGCGUCUUAUGGAACUCUUUCCUAAUGAGUUUGGUACUUUAGCAGACGAUAUAGAAAAGAAUCCUGAGGAAUGGAAGAAUUGGUAUGAUUUGGAUGCUCCAGAGCAGGCUUCUUUCCCCAUGAAGUACAAGGACAACCUCACUCCGUUCCAGAAGCUUCUGCUGAUGCGCUGCUUCAGGCUAGACCGAGUCUAUCGCGCUGUCAGUGAUUACGUCACACUUACCAUGGGAGAGAAAUACGUGCAGCCCCCCGUGAUCAGUUUUGAAGCCAUCUUUGACCAGAGCUCCCCAAACUCUCCCAUUGUGUUUAUUCUGAGUCCAGGCUCAGAACCAGCCAGUGAUCUGAUGAAGUUAGCCAAACGCUCCGGCUUUGGGGCCAACAGACUCAAAUUUCUUGCCAUGGGGCAGGGACAAGAGAAGGUUGCGUUGCAGCUGUUGGAAACCGCUGUGGCACGAGGCCAGUGGCUGAUGCUGCAAAACUGUCACCUGUUAGUGAAAUGGCUGAAGGAUCUAGAGAAAGCACUGGAAAGAAUCACUAAACCCCACCCAGACUUCCGCCUAUGGCUCACCACAGAGCCCAUUAAAGACUUUCCCAUCGGCAUCCUGCAGAAAUCCCUCAAGGUUGUGACAGAACCUCCAAAUGGACUGAAGCUGAACAUGAGGGCAACGUAUUUUAAGAUCCCUAAUGAUAAGGUGAUGAACUGUCCUCACCCAGCCUUUCGCAGUCUGGUUUAUGUGCUGGCCUUCUUCCAUGCUGUGGUUCAGGAAAGACGCAAGUACGGCAAGAUCGGCUGGAAUGUGCCUUAUGAUUUCAACGAGUCUGACUUCCUGGUGUGUAUGGAAAUUUUGGACACCUACCUGACCAAAGCUCACACUCAAGGAGAUGCCAUGAUACCAUGGGGAAGUCUCAAAUACCUAAUUGGAGAGGUGAUGUAUGGUGGCAGGGCUAUUGAUAGCUUUGAUCGUAGGAUCCUCACAGUUUACAUGGAUGAGUAUCUGGGCGACUUCAUCUUCGACACCUUCCAGCCCUUCCACUUUUUUCACAAUAAAGAUGUGGACUACAAGAUCCCACCAGAUGGACCCAAGCAGGUUUAUGUUGAUGAGAUAGAGUCGCUUCCUCUUGCUAACACAGCAGAGGUGUUUGGUUUGCACCCUAAUGCUGAGAUCGGAUACUACACCCAGGCUGCCCGAGACAUUUGGACUCAUCUUAUUGAGCUACAACCACAGACAGGUGACACUGGCGGUGGCAUUAGCAGAGAUGAGUACAUCAGCCAGGUGGCACGGGACAUUCAGAGCAAACUACCGGAAGUGUUUGACCUGGACGUGAUUCGCAAGAAGUUGGGGCUGGAGAUCUCUCCAACGUCUGUAGUGCUGCUACAAGAGCUGGAACGCUUUAACAAACUCACCCUCAGGAUGAUCCGUUCUCUGGCUGAGCUCCAGCGAGCCCUGGCUGGUGAGGUUGGAAUGAGCAGCGAGCUGGAUGAGGUGGCGAGAGCUCUGUUUAACGGCCAGAUUCCUGUUAUCUGGCGGAAACUGGCACCAGACACUCUAAAGUCUCUGGGAAACUGGAUGAUCCACUUUAAGAGGCGACACGAACAGUACAGCUCAUGGGUGGAUGAGGGAGAGCCCUGUGUGAUGUGGCUGUCAGGCUUGCAUAUCCCAGAAUCAUACCUGACAGCACUGGUCCAGGCCACCUGCAGGAAGAACGGCUGGCCUCUGGAUCACUCCACUCUUUACACACACGUUACACACUACAGGAGUGAGGACGAGAUCAAAGAGAGACCAGGACAGGGAUGUUUUGUAUCAGGCCUGUAUCUGGAGGGAGCAGACUGGGACAUUGAAAAAAGCUGUCUGGUGCGCAGCAAACCCAGAGUUUUAGUUUCUCAACUACCCAUUCUCAAAAUCAUUCCCAUUGAAGCACGCCGCCUCAAACUCCAGAACACCCUGAAGACUCCAGUCUACACCACCUCUAUGAGGAGGAAUGCUAUGGGUGUUGGACUGGUGUUUGAGGCCGAUCUUUUCACCACAAAGCAUAUUUCUCACUGGGUACUGCAGGGAGUAUGUCUAUGCCUCAAUGCUGACUGAUAAUAUGAAAUAAUUUA